UCUAGACUUUUCAUCAAUCCUUGAGAAUACCGAAAAUAACCAUGGCCGAAUUGUUGCUGGAUCCAGACAUAAGAUUUUGGGUAUUUUUACCUAUAGUGGUGAUCACAUUUUUUACAGGAAUCAUUCGUCAUUAUGUAACCAUAUUGUUGACCUCAGAGAAAAAGACUGAACUCCAGCAAGUGACGGAUAGCCAUGCUUUGAUAAGAAGUAGACUUUUGAGAGAAAAUGGGAAAUACAUACCUCAAAAAAGUUUCUUAAUGAGGAAGAACUUUUUUAAUGAUUCUAAGGAGGGAUAUUUUAAAAGAGAAAAAAGAGAAACUGCAACUAAAAAUCCCAUGACAGAUCCCAGUAUGAUGACGGACAUGCUUAAGGGAAAUGUCACCAACGUUUUACCAAUGAUUGUAAUAGGUGGCUGGAUCAACUGGGCAUUCUCUGGAUUUCUUACAACAAAGGUGCCAUUUCCUUUAACUCUUAGAUUUAAACCAAUGUUACAGAGAGGUAUAGAGUUGAAUUCCUUAGAUGCAUCAUGGGUCAGUUCUGUAUCCUGGUAUUUCCUCAAUGUGUUUGGUAUCAGAAGUAUGUACACACUUAUACUGGGACAAGAUAAUGCUGCAGAUCAGACUAAGGCCAUGCAGGAACAAAUGUCUGGAGCUGGAAUGAUGACACCACCUGACCCCAACAAAGCAUUUAAAGCUGAAUGGGAGGCAUUGGAAAUUGUUCAGCAUAAUUGGGUUAUUCAGGGAGUAGAAGAUGAACUGAUUGAUAGUCAUAUACAACCAGAAACAAUUUAUAUCAAGAACAAAUAUGCAUAAUCUCAUUAUUUUUAUAAAUUUUUGUAUUAUGUGUUCAGUGUAAUAAAAUUGUAAAUUCAA